UGCCUCCCUCCUGCCUGGCCGCUUGCUUUCACUCCCACCUCCUCCACUGGAAUCAAAUGCUAGUAAUUCCAGUAGGUUAGCUGCUGCUGGUGUGUCAACCAAAGGCAGAGAGUGAAAUCGCAUAGAUUUCACCCCAGAAUCACCCCGGAGGCAAAAGCAGCGGAAACGAAACCGUGUUCUGACUGCAACAAGGCUUUGUCACCAUUGACACUCACUUCCUUGUAUCUUCAACCAAACGUUGCUGUCAUUCAUUCACCAAGACCUUUACUCUGUCGGCACUUAGGAGGAGAGGAGCAGCUGAGGAGCUUGGAUUGAAAAGACUUACUUGAAGUAACAACAACCGGAUUAAAUCUAGUGGGAAAACAAGGACCACGGCACUUUGUUUCACUUAAAUAGCAGAAUACCACUGGAAUUAUCAACCAAGAGAAACCAACAGCUCCCGGGUGACCAGCUAACUGACGUGUUUACCUGUGACCAGCUGGGGGUUCAGAUAAAUGGCUGCUAAACAGAUCAGUUUGCCUGCCAAAUUGAUCAAUGGAGGGAUUGCCGGGAUUGUCGGAGUGACCUGUGUGUUUCCCAUUGAUCUGGCCAAGACUCGCCUGCAAAACCAGCAAAAUGGAUCUCGCCUUUAUACCAGCAUGUCAGACUGCCUUAUUAAGACCAUUCGAUCAGAAGGGUAUUUUGGGAUGUACAGAGGAGCUGCGGUGAACCUAACUCUAGUUACACCAGAGAAGGCCAUCAAAUUAGCUGCUAAUGACCUCUUCAGGCAUCACCUCUCCAAGGAUGGAAAGCUCACUCUGGUCAAAGAGAUGCUGGCUGGGUGCGGGGCAGGUACAUGCCAGGUCAUUGUAACAACUCCUAUGGAGAUGUUAAAAAUUCAGCUGCAGGAUGCUGGGAGGCUUGCUGCUCAGAGGAAGCUCAUGCCGGAGACGGUGACGGCAGGAACUGUGGAGACAAAGUCCCCAACAGCCAUGCAGAUUACCAGACAAUUACUGAGGGAGAAGGGCAUUGCUGGACUUUAUAAGGGCCUCGGUGCCACAUUGCUCAGGGACGUUCCUUUCUCUAUGAUCUAUUUCCCCCUUUUUGCCAAUCUGAGUAACCUGGGGAAGAAAAGCACAGAGGGCCCCGCUCCUUUUUACGUGUCCUUCAUAUCAGGCUGCAUCGCGGGGAGCACAGCAGCUGUUGCUGUCAACCCCGUUGAUGUAAUAAAGACUAGACUGCAGUCCCUGAACCGAGCCAGCACAGAAGACACCUACUCUGGAGUGACCGACUGUGUCAGGAAAAUAAUGCGCAACGAGGGUCCGUCAGCCUUCCUGAAGGGAGCCUACUGUCGCGCCCUGGUCAUCGCGCCUCUGUUCGGCAUUGCCCAGGUAGUCUACUUCCUGGGCGUGGGCGAAUAUAUCCUUAGCUUCUUGUCCAAAAAGAACAACUAAGGGGCACCUCUGUUCUGCCUUCCCUCCCAUGAUGCAUCACAUCAGCUCCAUGAAGAUUCAUCUGAUUCUUAGAGAGGUGUUUUUGUUUUGGAUCAUUCGCUUUUGUUUUUAAGUUGUUGCGUUGAAUGUUCAAAAAGUUCAGAAGAGAGCCUUUGUUUUCCCAAGAUGCCUGUGGCAGCGCACAAAUUUCCAGUUGGCAAGCUCAGCCACAGCAGCUUUCUGGAAAUCACGCUACAAAUAGAGGUCUGUAAUCACAAGAUUUUGUUGUACUUUUAAAUAUGAUUGUCAUAUUUCACCAAUUACAUGUACUGCUGUACAGCUGUUGCAGCUGUGCAAGCCCUUCAAGUGAAGGCUUCAGAAACCUUCUAAUAUCAGAAAAUCCCGUUGCAUUCUGUGUGAAAUCACAAUUUGCCACUGCCCUAAAUUGAGCAAUAAAAACACAAUCUUCAGCCAGAAGUAAAGGGAGACCUGGAGUAGGCAUGGGCCAGAAUGAGAUUCUCAUAGUAUGAUAACCUUGUUUAGACAUAAGAUGAAAAAGAAAUGUAUAAAAUGCAUGUCAUUCUUUUUAUUUGAAUCAGAAAACUAACAAAUGUGGCUACUCUUGUUGUUGCUGAUGUAAUACAACAGUUAGUUAUAAUCAUGUUAUAUAUCAAAUAUUUUACCCUGAUGUUUUUAAUUUUGAUAGAUAGACAAGGUUUUAGGGUUAUUGUGUGGAACAUUAAAUGUUUACCCAUGCCCUUGCUUUUAUGAACAGCCACAUUUGUCUCUCUUGAACAUAAGGGAAAAGUGAAGCAGCCUUCUUUAAGCCAGCUGACUGACAGUGUGCAGAAAAGUUUUGGAAAGGUGGAAAACUGUGGUCACACUUGCAGUUUGCCUGGCUGCUCAUUAAAAGGACUUUAAACUUUACGUAUGAGGUAAACCUUCGGUGAGCUUUAAGCUCCAAGUUUAUAAAACCAGGGUAAUACCUUUGAUUUUAGUAAUCAGCCCAUGCUUAACCUGGAGCUUUAGUGAAAUUCUUAAAAAAAAAAGCAAACGGACUUUAGUAAUGAGAGAAAACUGAACAGUGGAUGCUUGUUUCAUUCCAAGUCCCAGAGCAUGUGAUACCAUCUCACUCCCUGUGAUCUUUCCAGAGAAUCCACUUCCUUUCCGCUGUACAGUAAGUGGCUUUAUGUAAGAAGAUCAGGUUCCAUCUGAUAUUUAGCUCAGACACAAUGGAUUGACUGUUUGGCGUCCCAGAACAGUCUGUUUUUUUGUUCCCACCACAUGCAACUCCUGAACAUUGAACAUUGUGAAUUGCUUUUGAGCUCUGAGACCUUUUGUCUGCUGCAGUUUUCCAAAAUCUGGGAUUUGUUGUCGAUUUUGUUUUUUUAAAAUAGACGGUCAGACAUCACUUUGUGGCCCUCGUGGAGCGCCUUCCUUUCUCCUUAGACGCAGACUAAUGAAUUCAUUUUUGUGUUUACACAAAAGUUUGCGAUCAGUUUACAUACUUUUUUUUUUUUCCAAACUUGUGUUGUGUGGCAGAAUCCAAAGAGCUAAUGAAAAACCUUUUCAUUCACCUGAAAAUUUCAGACUGGUGUGCUCUCAGUGUUCUAUGAUUUCUACCAAACGUAUCUGCUUGUUUGCUUUAGAGGUUUUGUUUGCUUUAAGCUGCCACAUCUUGUUUAUGCAUCAUAACAACACUGAAGGCGCGCUGCCAUUGGUUUAUCUUGUCUGGGAUCAAAGUGACUUUGAUGUGUAUUGUCCAAUCACAUUCCUUCCUCGCUCCCACUAGUCAAGCAGCUCUUUGACUGUUCUGUUGCACUUCUGAUGCAACUUUUUCAGCGUGAUAUCAUUUGUGGGAGUGAGCUUUAUUUAUAGAUAUUCCCUAUAAAGCGUUAUCUAUUCGUAUGUGUUGUUUUUCUUUCAGCGUCGUAUUGUCUGCUUUGUUAUCUAUAUUGUACAUAUGCAAAUGAAAUGUUUUAGAAUUUAUUGUUUUUGUACAUGAUGGCUUAUUUGCACACCUACCUCUCCACCUCCCCCCUUCAAUUCAUAUUGUGGUGAUUUUAUGAUGUGAUGAUGUGGUCAAAUGAAGGAACAUCAGAGAUUACUGUAUGCCAAGGGGGACACUAAUAGAUCUUUAGAUGGAUUUGUUUUGGAGGUGCUACUUCUCCCAGACUGUCACUUGCUUAAACAUAGGACCAAAUGAAGAACCCUACUGCUUGACAGACAUGUAAUUUCCGGUGAAUGACAUGAUGAUAAGAAAAGCUCACCGCCCAAGACAAGCUCCUUAGAGGCUGUUGUGUUAUUAUGUGCGUCCAAAUGGUGCUUCUUCCAAGAGGCUGCUGCAAUAUGACAGAGGCUGCACUGAAACCAAGGCGGUGCCGCCUGAAUCACAUGCGAGCUCAUCUCAGCCUUUUUCGACGUCUUACUGUAACUGAAAGCCAUAAGUCAGGGAGGGGACUGAUAGACACUAAGUGACACCUUUCAACAGUGGAAUCAGACAAUACGUCUUGAGGGAGGUGAGAUAGGCAAAAAGGGCCCAACUCAUUUAAACUUGGCUUUAUUAGUAUUAAUUGUUUUGACAUUCCGACUUGAUUUUACAUGCAGGUCUGGUCAGACCUUUACAUGCAACUGUGGGUUUUUCCAGGGGGAAGAGAUGAUACUUUAUACAAUUAUGGUUUUUGCAAACAAGAAUUUGGUGCUUGAGUUAAUAUUUACUGCUAGUGUAAUCCACACAGGGUCAAAAUCAUAUGUACAGCCUGUGGUUUAUAACAACACCCUUCUUUAUCUGGUUAAAUGCACCAGGAGCACUGGAAGCAAAACAGGCCCUCAGCAUGAUGCCACCACUGACAUGCCUGACAGCUGCUAGAGUAUUCUUGUAUCUGAAAGCCUCAUCUCCAAACAUUCUUCUUACCCUUUUGGCAAAAGCUUCUGCAGUGAGCCCUGAGAUCGACACUUUUAAAGAUUUGAGAACUAUUCUUUAAUGUGGAAUCCUUGACCCAACAUUUCUAAAUGGACUUUAACAAUUCAGUUAAGAACAUUGGUCAGAUAUCCACCCAGAAACGUGCCAGAAGUUUGUUGAUAGCCUCAGAUGGCAGAGGUGCAACCUGCUAAGGGACAUUUAUCCAAGUAUCAAAUAGGUUGUAGGUAAAUAUGUAUAAUAUUAACCACAAGGGAAAUAGGGAAAAUCCGCCAGAAAAUAUAGACUUAGUUUAUGUUUUAAACAUCACUGAUGUUGUAUGAUCUAUCAUCAUUCGAAUCUGGAAAAAGAAAAGCUUAAAUGCAUCAUUAAAAGCCUAAAGUCAAAAUAACAUUUAUUCUUAUAGGUGAAUGUAAAGUUGUGUCCAGAAUGCUGUGAUUGUGGAAACAUUGCCUGUUGUAGUGUUGUUGAUAUAACUGCUCUGGUUUAUUUUAAAACCUCAUCUCUCCUCCUUGUCCCUCUUUAGAUCGUUUUCAUCAGCUUUCAGCUGAAAUUUGAAUUGUCCUUGUUUUGUUUUUACUCAGCUGUGAAUUGUUUUCACCGACCUUGUGCAUUCGGUUGUGUAUGUGCCUGUGUGUGCAUCUGACAGUGUAGUGUCGUAGUUGAAGUGUGGUUGUUAGUGCACUAUGGUUUCUCUUUUUUUCCUCUCUGUUUACUCCCUCUGUGUGUUUUGUCACAAUCCUCUGCCAUCUGCUCGAUCCGGCUUGCACUGCCGGGACGCAGGUUCGUUUGCAGAGGAACUUCUAAAAACACCACAUGUAAGAUUCAGAGAGUAUACAAUCAAAGAAAGCACAAGGGAUUAUUGGGCAUAAGAUAGCACGUUUCUCUCUCAAUACUCCACAUAAUGGAGGACAUAAAUUAAACUGGAGUAUUUCUUUCAAUCUGUUGCUAAAAAUGAUGUUUUUAAAUCAUAUUUAUCAGUACCAGUCAGAACUUUACAUACACUCUGAACUUUCUUUGGGGAUGGAUUGUUCAAACAACAAAAGGUAUCAAUAGAUUUUCAAGAUUUGGGCGCGCAUGUUUACAUUUAUUGUGAUUAGGUAAUGUUUUUAGGGCUUUAUUUCUGUUAAUGAUUUUCCUCUAAUGGCUAAUCAAAAACAACAGCGUCACGCUUGACUGAAAUUUGAAGUUGCCUAUAUGGGCAGGUCAAAUGUCUUCUGGAGAGAACCCUAAUAGCAUAAAGUUACUCUACUAGCUGUCAUGCAUAGUGGUGGCAGCAUCAUGCUCUGGGACUGUUUUUUCUGCCAGUAGUACCAGUGCAAUGCACAUAGUAGAUACAAUUAUGAAGGAGUAGUACUUACAAAUUACUCACCUUUAUCUCAAAUCAGCUCGAUGGUUUAUUAAGCACUAUUGGAUGUUCUAACAGAACAAUGAUCCCAAACACAAAUUGAACUGAUUUUGGAGUAGAUAGAUCAGGUUAACAUUAAGACUACUAUGCAGACAAUGAACCCACAACGAACAAUGCUACAAACCCAAACAGCUGAAAUUAAGUCUACCAAAGAUGUCAUGGAGAGUGGUCAAACAUCCGUCCAGAUUUAUGUCAGACGCUGAAAAAAGCUUCACCUGAAAUUUAACCAAGUAUUAAUAGGAGUGUGUGUAUAAAUUUGACUCUGGAUGUACAAUUUACAGUUAUCCUACAGUCAUGUAUGUUAUGUAUGUCAUGUAUGUUAAUGUACAGUUAUCCUAUGUGGAAAACCAGAAAUCCACCACAAACUCAGACUUGAAGCCCAGUUUCUGUUUUUAAAAUCAUUUAAAGUGGUUUGUUGUAUAUUCAUUCCUCCCUGGGCAAAGAUUGGUUCAAAUGAAUCCAUAAAAGCCCCAGAAUUAUUCUGAGUGUAUGUAAACCUCUGACCAGCAUUGUGUAUUUAUCUAUGUCUGUAAACCCAGGGGCUGAGACAGAUACCCACGUGAUAGUGUCCACUAUGUUAGCUACAAGCAGUAAGCCACAAGAUGUAUAUCGCCUACAUAUUCUAUAUGAAUCAGAUAUAAGAAUGUAACUUAGAUAUUAUGAGAUGUAUUAUAAUUAUCGUGAAGAGUUUAUUACAUUUUAAUCUAAAGAUUAGUGCUUUACACUUUCACUGAAAAAUUCAUGAGCCAGCUUACUGUUAUGCAAUAAGUAGUCACACACUCGCGCAUUAGAGAGGAGGCACUGAAUACAACCAAGUAAUCACGGCAUCACCCACAGCGUAUGAUUAUUGCAACCAUGAAGCUCGGAGGCCUUUCGGGCUCUGGGCUCACCUCGCUGCCCUUGUUCUCUUCCUCUAAGAGGAACCGUGCAAUAAAGCACUUUAACAAAUGGGGACCUGCCCGCUUUCUCCCGGCUUGUGAGGCCGUGUGUGAGGCAGUGUGGUGAAUGGCACAGUUGUCUGUUAACAUUUGUUUGAAAUGCAAUGGAAAAGAAAAUGUUGUGUUCUCUGUCACAAUUUACUGUUCAAUAAACUGACUGUCCUUAAA